ACGUUAGGUAACGUCAAUAAUUUAAUUUCCUGUCUCUGCCGCCCACUCACCAUCACGCAUUUGCAGCAUAACUGGUAUAUUGACAUGCCUCUCCUCUCACAGGCUCUGCGUUGAAAUAAAUAUGGUGAAGAUCUUUAUUGGAAACCUCCCUAACGAGGUCGAAAAGGAUGAGAUCGAGGCGCUGUUUACUCAACAUGGCACAGUGACAGAAUGUGCAAAGUUCAAAAACUAUGCCUUCGUCCACAUGGAUGACCGUAAGUCUGCCACCAAAGCCAUCCGCAGCCUGCACCUCUUAAAGCUUCAUGGCAGGCCAAUCAAUGUGGAGCCAAGCAGGGGAAAGAACCAGGGUCCGGUGAAACUUCACGUGGCCAACGUGGAGAAAGGCAACGAUGAUGAGCUCCGCACCUUGUUCGAGGAGUAUGGCACAGUCACAGAAUGUGCUAUUGUCAAAAACUUUGCUUUCGUCCACAUGUCCAACUCGGAUGAGGCCAAGGAUGCCAUAAAGGGAUUAGACAACUCUGACUUCCAAGGUAAGAAACUAAGACCCUCAUUUAACAUUCACUAUUAAACUGCUGGGAAGUCCUGACGUUAAAUAUGGACUUUUGUUUUGCAUGUCACUGUCUGACUGUUAAUCAUCGUUUUCCUCUUUAGGCAAACGUAUUCACGUUCAGAUGUCAAAAAGCCGUCCCAGAGGGGAGGAAGAGGAUUAUGGCCCCCCACCAGAUAGGUGUGCAUACUGGCCAGCACCUCGUGGCUACCCCGGGGACAGGGGGCAGCCUGAGCCCCCUCAUUACAGAGGUCGCAUGUCAGGGGGGUACCCUGGCCUCCCUCCACCACCACCUCCCCCUAGACGAGCUCCGUACCCCCCCGAGCGUGCCUAUGAGCGCGAGAGGGAAAGCUACGCGGUGGUGGAUUACUAUGAGAAGUACAGAGCUCGCCCUGCCCCUUAUGGUGGCCUCUCAGGCUAUGGAGAUGAGAGGCGCUUUGGCUCCAUACCCCCACCACCACCCCCUUCUGUCAUGGUUAGGGAGCGCCUUGCGGCCUCCUCACUCGACCCGUACGAGCGUCGCACCCUCCCACCUCUGUCCUACUACUCCCGUGACCGCAGUCCCAUCAGAAGACCCUCUCCUCCCCCCAUGCCCCCCGUGGGUAACGGCUACUCAUAUGAGCGCUCCCGGCUCUCUCCUCUGUCCAGGCCCGCAAUGUACAACCUACCACGUACCAGGGACCCCUACGCUGACAGGGUCCCUCCACCGCCUCCUGCCCGCUACUCUUACUGAACACACACUGGUGUUUGACUCAAGGUGAGAUAUCAGAGACAGGAUAUUACACUACGCAUGUCCACUCCAUAUCUAGCUCACUUUAAAACAAAUUUUUGAAUUGGGGGUUAAUCCUCAUGUUGACGAUAAAUGUCUCGCUUAAAAUACCAGUCUAGAAAAGUUCCUAAGACAUUGUUUCACCAUCUCCUUAGCCUUUAUAAACUCUCCAAAUCUUAAUAUGCCUUUAAAGAAUGCUGGACGUUUUUACUGAACCUGAGCGCGUUCCUCCAUGAGUAAAAUGCGCUUUGACUUGUGUGGUUUGCUCUCUUUCCAGGUUAAAAUUAUCCGCCAAGAUCGUCGUUGUCUCCUGAUGCACGUGGCGCUAUACCCCCCCUUCGCCUGUGGCGGAUUGCGUUGCGUUCACCUGCGACUUACUGGAAGACACUGUAUUGCUUGCGGUCACCCCAUACUUAAAAAAAAAAUAAUACGCUUUUAUGUCUUCGGUUUCGUCCUCUUGCUUGAACUGUUUAACCUUUUUUUGUUCUGCUUGAUUUGAUUGUUUGAGAUUCAUUAACUGUUUGGGGCAUAGACCGAAGGCAGAGUUUUUUUUUUUUCCAUUUCUGAGGUGUUAGUCUAUUUUGAUUUGACGCAGUACAGCUAAGGGCUCCAUAUAGGCCUAAUUAUUUCCGUCAUAGUGUAAUGUGAAUGGAUGAAAACCCAAAACUGUGACAUUCAUGAAUGGAAUAUUUUAAUAUGAAUUAAAGAGCAAUUUAUGUAAUUUUGGUAAACCUGAAUGUUACAAAGAUACUUAGAGCUGUAUCUAGCUACAGUUAGAGAAAUAAACCACACAAUCAUUUGCAUAAUCAGUCCAACAACGUGUUAAGUAUAACUUCGCUUUAAUUGGUCAGAUCUUGGCUGUGGGUGGUACUUACCGUUAUUCAAGACGUUUUGCGACGCAACUGUCGGCAUAGUGAUUUAACUUAACUACCAAUGUAAAUUUGAUUUAGACAUUUUUUGUUAAAUUAUAUGCUGAUUUCUUUUCUUUUUUUAAAAAUACCUAGAUACCCCAAAGCUGCGUUUAUGUAUGAUUUUAUUUUCUUGACAGAUUUUAGAGCAUUUUAAUAAACUGAUUUGAACUAUAUUGUCACUUUGAACUUUCCCAUCUUUCCUCGUUAUUAUAGACCCUUCAUGACCAUACUCUUUGUAGUCAGUGGAAGCCAAUAUACAUCAGCACUGUAACUUAAUCUAUGCCAUUUCGGUCCAUUCUACUGAACACGUUUUAAUGUUAUAUUCAAAGUAGUGGGGGAAAUUACCCACUUUGAACUUUGCGAUGGCAAAGUCUCUUGCGAUCUCUGAAAGCGCUUAAUUGCACAAUGACACUCCCCAUCUCUCAACCACUGGAUACCCUACCAUGUUCUUCACGUCACUCUUAAAUAUAUGUAAUGUUUUGGCUUUUGCUCUCACUAUGCGCUCUCCCAUUUUAUUUAUAUAUAUAUAUAUGAUAAUAUUAGCCCUGGUGUUCUUAGCAUCUCUGCUUUUUGUAGGUUGUUAGAACCAUGAUCUGUGGAUAGGUGUUGUGGACACACUGUACUGUAGGAGACUGCUGUUCUGAGGUAAGUAAGCCUGGGUGUCUUAAACUGUCCAAUGAGGUUAUGUGGAGGUAAUGUUAAAUUAAUUGAUGUUCAUUUAUACAGAAGUAUGAUUUAUCAAAUAAAACAGUGGAUUAUGUGUUUUAAGAACAUUCUGCCAAUCCCCCAUUUGAUGACAUACUUUGCCCAUGCUUAGUAUCUUUUUUGUAUCCUUUUCUGUCCAACUGAUCCCCAUCUUGUUUCUCCCAUCUUGUGUGCUUUCCUUGCACAGGAGGUUGGUACAGAAGUGGAAUUCUGCUCAAAGGUAUUGGGAAAUUAUUUUUAAGCAGAAUCGUAAAACCAUGUAGGUGUCGAUAAUGAAAUAUUUGAUUAAGUGUCAUGUUGUUCAUACUAAAUGUAGAAUUUAUUUUGAAUUGUAUGGACACAUAUUCCCUUGCUUAGUAUACCCUUUUUAUUAUACUUGUCUCCAUCCUAUUUCUGCCUUCUCUUCCCCUCUAGGCCACUGUCUUCUUUCCAGAGUUUGGUACAGAAGUGGACUUCUGCUCAUCUUGAUGCCCUGACACUGCUCUUCAGGGUUUUGUAUGCUGUGCCUGGGUGCUUCCAGGUCUGUCCUAUGCAGGCGUUGCAGUUGCUCAUCAUGGUCAGUUAUCUCUCUCCGUGCCAUUUUGUGUCUAAGUUAACUUUUUCCCACUGAAGUAUUAAGUUUGUGAGUGAGGGGAAAGAAGUGUACCAACUCUUCUUUCUUCAGGAAGUCUUGGGCAUGCCCCGCUCUAAGACUGACUGCUGCAUAGUCAUCUGCUGAGUAGAUGGCUCUUGAGUUGAAGUGGCGUCAGUGACCUGUCGUCAAUGCUUUUUUUAAAUUAUCACUAUUGAAAAACAUGUUAUGUAAUGUUAAAUGUACUGUCACAUCAAAGUGUUGUAUGGCCUUGCAUGCUCAACGGCAAAAAGAUGACUACUUAAAAGCACUGAUUUAAAAUGUAUAUUUCAUUUACCAGUCCAAUUAUCAGAAAUGAAGUAAUUAAUUUUUAUGAACACGUCUGAAGUGAUUUCUUUAUUGCCUUCAAUGAUUGAGUAUGGACAAAAUAUCCUCUGUGUCCUUUAAGGCACUGUAUCAGUUCACAGGAUGAUUGUGAUGUCACAGCUGUUUGUGAUCACAGAACAGUAAAAGGCUUCAAAAUAGAACACUGGGGAACUACAGAGGCAUUGAAAUAGAACACUCAAUGCUAAAGAACUGCUUAGGAUGCCUGUGUGGGUACAUAACAGACAUAUAAAUACUUGAAGCUAGCCCUGGGGGACCAUGGGUUGUGCUAUUGUGACCUUAUUGGUCAUGCUCCUGUCUGGAGUGUGGCAUAGUGUCUCUCCUGCUGAAGCCCCAUUGGUUGAGUGUGUCACUGGGAAGACCUGUACUGUGGCCCUACUCAGCCUAAACCCUGCCACUCUUGUCUGCCCUGGUGCCUCCCUACACCCUUUGAUCAAGUGGACCUUCCAGGGAAUCUCAGACAUAGGCUACAGCUCAUCUCCAAUAGUGAUCCAGACCAGUAGAGCCCCCACCAGUAUGCUGAAAGCUGACACCACCAACUGUGAAAGAGUGAAUCUCCCCUCAGUGUUACCUGCUGUGGACUGAGAGCACUCAGAAACCAACAGGCAAAGGUUUGGCAUGGGUCUGCAGAGCGCUCCAUCAAGCAGGGAAAGAAGGAACAUUAAUCUAUGGAGGGCUCUGGGACUUCACUCCGAUGCCCACCACGGGCCAUUGCCCAGGGAUAACUUAACAGUGAGGCUGGGGAAGGUGCUAGGGGAGGUGUUCACAGUAUGGGGUGCCUGGCAGGGUUGCAAUCGCUGUGGGGAACUUGGAGAGAGGAAGAGGAUUGGUGUAGUUACAUUGGAGACAAAUCCUUACGUCUAUUUAAGCAACAUUUGCACUCGGUGUCCCAUUGCCAUCAAUGCAUGAUAAAGUGAAAGUUUGACCUAAGUGGAAGUUAAGAUUUGCCUCAGAGGCAAGAGCAGGAGACUACUACAGGUUUACGUUUCAUUACAUUUCUCUACAUGUAACAGUGAGAGGUGUAGUGUCCUAUUAUAUCCACUGAGAAGUGCUGAUUCCUAACUUCCUCUGUUCUACCUAGGUUGUGCUAUGCACACACCCUCAAUGUGAGCACAAGAGAGGGGAUACCCAGUGAGGCCCUUCCCUGUGGGGUGGUUCCGAGACAUCUAGAGAGAUUACAAGGUUUCUCCAUUGUCCGGGGCCCAGAGGUCAUCAUACAAACAUGUCGGCAGGACUGUCCGACCUCUGCCUGUUGA